AUGAAAGAGUGUAUUUCUUGCCAAUGUAAGAUUUCAGCUGCAGAUAAUUUCUGUCCAAAGUGUGGAGUACACUGUGGUUCAAAACCAGAUCUUGACAAAACUAUUAGUUGUCCUGGCAAAAAUGGACCUUGUGGAAAAAUACUUAGUGCUGAUAUCAACUUCUGCCCAAAGUGUGGGCUAAAAGUAGACCCAUCUUUGUUUGAAGGUUCUGUCCAGGAUGAAGAUGGGACAUCAGUUGAAAAUGGGACUUCAAUUGAAAUUGAUUCCAAAGAAGACAAACAGGAUAGUAAUACUAGAGCUGAAGCAGUUAUGGAACCUGCUUGUGAUACUUCAGAUGCAAUGCUGUCUGAAGUGGUGACUGAAGAUGAAAGUGAAUCUGGCACAGACAGUCGGCAAGAUUCUUUAGUAUCUGAUGAACUUGGAGGAGAAAUGCAAAGUGGCUUAACUGCAAGUGCAGAGUCUGAAAAGAAGACAAAAAAUGAAGUGAAACAAAUUGCAUCUGACAAGCUACAGACAUCUACUGACAAAGAACAAUGUGAUGGAAGCAAUAGACAUGUAGGUCAGUUGAAACCAACAGGUGGUUCUAGACACACAGAUCAGAGAGUGGCUAAUGAAGAGCAGAUGAUGACAUCUACUGAUACAGAAGAAAAUUGUAGAAGCAAUAGACAUGUAGGUCAGUUGAAACCAGCAGAUGGUUCUGGACACACAGAUCAGAGAGUGGCUAAUGAAGAGCAGAUGAUGACAUCUACUGAUACAGAAAAAAAUUGUAGAAGCAAUAGACAUGUAGGUCAGUUGAAACCAGCAGAUGGUUCUGGACACACAGAUCAGAGAGUGGCUAAUGAAGAGCAGAUGAUGACAUCUACUGAUACAGAAGAAAAUUAUAGAAGCAAUAGACAUGUAGGUCAGUUGAAACCAACAGAUGGGUCUGGACACACAGAUCAGAGAGUGGCUAAUGAAGAGCAGAUGAUGACAUCUACUGAAACAGAAGAAAAUUGUAGAAGCAAUAGACAUGUAGGUCAUUUGAAACCAACAGAUGGGUCUGGACACACAGAUCAGAGAGUGGCUAAUGAAGAGCAGAUGAUGACAUCUACUGAUACAGAAGAAAAUUGUAGAAGCAAUAGACAUGUAGGUCAGUUGAAACCAACAGGUGGUUCUAGACACACAGAUCAGAGAGUGGCUAAUGAAGAGCAGAUGAUGACAUCUACUGAUACAGAAGAAAAUUGUAGAAGCAAUAGACAUGUAGGUCAGUUGAAACCAGCAGAUGGUUCUGGACACACAGAUCAGAGAGUGGCUAAUGAAGAGCAGAUGAUGACAUCUACUGAUACAGAAAAAAAUUGUAGAAGCAAUAGACAUGUAGGUCAGUUGAAACCAGCAGAUGGUUCUGGACACACAGAUCAGAGAGUGGCUAAUGAAGAGCAGAUGAUGACAUCUACUGAUACAGAAGAAAAUUAUAGAAGCAAUAGACAUGUAGGUCAGUUGAAACCAACAGAUGGGUCUGGACACACAGAUCAGAGAGUGGCUAAUGAAGAGCAGAUGAUGACAUCUACUGAAACAGAAGAAAAUUGUAGAAGCAAUAGACAUGUAGGUCAUUUGAAACCAACAGAUGGGUCUGGACACACAGAUCAGAGAGUGGCUAAUGAAGAGCAGAUGAUGACAUCUACUGAUACAGAAGAAAAUUGUAGAAGCAAUAGACAUGUAGGUCAGUUGAAACCAACAGAUGGGUCUGGACACACAGAUCAGAGAGUGGCUAAUAAAGAGCAGAUGAUGACAUCUACUGAUACAGAACCCGAACAUAAACCUGAAAGUUCCAUACCUACUAAGAUUUGUGACAAUAAUUCUAAUGCAUUUGUUGAAAACAAAACACUCAAUUCCAAACCUGUAACUGACACAAAUGACAAUAAUUGCAAUGAUCUUAGUAACGACAAAACUUCUAAAACAAAUCCUAAGGAUGGGCAAGACUCUCAACAAGUAGUUGGUACAACAACUGAAAGAGAUUCCCAGUUUCAAAAUGAUGAUGCCAACAAUAAAAAUCUUCAGUCAAUGAAACAAGAGCAAAAAUACCCUACUAAUGCAAGAGAUGAAAAUGAUUCACGUUUCAAAAAGACUGAUGAUGACAAUAAAACCCCAGAAACCAAAGUUGAUACUGGGCCGAAAUAUCCCCAAGUAUUUGGCAUCGAAAACCCCCCAAAUGCAGUGUCCAUAGAUGGAAGAGAUUCCCAAGUUACAAAUGAUGAUGCCAACAAUAAAAAUAUUCAAUCAGUGAAGACAGAGCAUGAAACACAGGUCCGCAAGCAAGUUAACAAAAUAGAAAAAGAAAAUAGGAACAAAGUCAACAAAAACUCAAAAAUGGAUAAUACGGUACUGAAUUAG